AUGGUAAGGGAGGCAUUGAUGGAGCAGCUGCGAGAAGCCGGAAUAGAUUUUCCAGAGAGCGCAACUCCAUCCCAGCUACGUGAGCUGUUACGGCAGGUGAUAGGAGUAAGCUCGGUGUCGCCAAGUGAAGCAUCGCCGCCACAGAAGCAGUUACAACAAAACGAGGAGGUGGUGGAAAUGCAACCAACACACACACAUACGCCACAGCUGCAAACAAGCAAGCAAAACGAAGACGGCCAUGCAUCGCUAGUACAGUCGAUAGACGAAAGUACAAAAGAAAAAACAAUAACGAUGGAAGAUGGCGGAGAGGACGCCGAAGAACGGCGGUUAUUGAAAAAAUUGAAAAUUUUAAAACUAAAGAAAGAGAUCAGCGAAUUGGAGGAAGCAAGAGGCACAAAGAAAAACGUUGCCACAUUCGCUGAUAUAGAAGGGGCGUUGCCAAAGUUCUCGGGCGACAAUGAAUACAGCAUCACUAAAUGGCUGAAGGAGUUCAAUAAAGUGACAAAUAUAAUGAACUGUGCUCGCCGGAUGAUGACUGGUAGCGCGGCAAUUUUCUUGCGUCGAGCCGAAGCUGAUAAUUGGGCAUGCUUAAUUUGGUUUAUUGUACCCGUAUCGAUGAUUGUGUGCAACGAUGUUAUGGCCUAUAUGUUCGGUUUCUUCUUCGGCAAGACGCCACUAAUUAAGCUGAGUCCGAAAAAGACAUGGGAGGGCUUUAUUGGUGGUGGCUUUGCAACAGUUAUUUUCGGCAUAAUAUUCUCAUAUAUUUUGUGUCAUUAUCAGUACUUCGUUUGUCCCAUUGUCUAUUCCGAAGAGUUGGGCAGCAUGUCGAUGAGUUGUGAGCCAAGCUAUUUGUUUACACCCCAGGAAUAUAGUUUGAGUGUGUUUGGCAUUGGAAAAUCGAUUCGUGUGAUACCCUUCGUUUGGCAUUCAAUAUCCUUAAGUCUGUUCAGUUCAAUAAUUGGUCCAUUUGGUGGUUUCUUUGCCUCUGGCUUUAAGAGGGCAUUUAAAAUUAAGGAUUUUGGCGAUAUGAUUCCUGGCCAUGGUGGCAUUAUGGAUCGUUUCGAUUGUCAAUUUUUAAUGGCCACUUUUGUAAAUGUUUACAUUUCCAGUUUCAUUAGAACACCAUCGCCAGCUAAAUUAUUAACACAGAUUUAUAAUCUUAAACCGGAACAACAAUUGCAAAUCUUUGAAUCACUUAAGGAAACACUGGGCGAUGCUCUAAAUUAAGUUAACCUAU